GGAGCAGGCGGAGCCGCUUCCCCCGCCCCGCUCCGCCCGCUCGGCCGUGCCGGAGCUGCGGCGGCUGCGCACGGCGGGGCCGCCAUGAGCGACGAGAAGCUGCGCAGGGUCCGCGACCGCGUCCGGCCCUUCCCGGACUUCCCGGAGCCCGGCGUGCUGUUCCGCGAUAUCAGCCCCUUGCUGAAGGAUCCUGUGGCCUUCAGGACUUUGAUUGAUCUUCUGGAGGAUCAUUUGAGGUCAUCUUUCCCCAAAAUCGACUUCAUUGCGGGCCUGGACUCCCGUGGGUUCCUCAUCGGGCCCCCUCUGGCACAGAGGUUGGGCAUCGGCUUCGUGCCUGUACGGAAAAAGGGGAAACUGCCCGGUCCCACCGAGUCCGUCUGCUACACCCUGGAAUAUGGCAAGGCCGAGCUGGAAAUGCAGAAGGACGCUGUGGAGCCGGGGCAGAAGGUGGUCAUUGUGGAUGACCUGCUGGCAACUGGAGGUACCAUGGCUGCAGCCUGUGAGCUGCUGAAGAGGCUGAAGGCUGAAAUCCUGGAGUGCCUGGUGGUCAUAGAGCUGAAAGGCCUGAAAGGGUCGGGAAAGCUCAAUUCCAUCCCGUUCUACUCACUGCUGCAGUAUGACUGAGGAGGAGCAGGGAGCGCUGGGAGCAAAUCUGGGGCUUUAUUCAGUGAAUAAAGGGUGGGAGGGGGGUGAAACACACCGUUUUGAGCAUGGCCAGGUGCUCUUCGGGAUCUUUAGGAUCUUCGGUCCUAAAUCCUACAUUUGCCAAGACUGUGUUGAGUGUAGUGAUCCCUUUUGGAGUUCAUCCUUUUGGGAAGGAGGAAUAGCCUGAUUGUUCAAGAGGAUGGAGACCAAGAUGCAGCUUCACUCAAUCGGAAGUUUUUAGGAGACCAAAGUGACAAAAUUGCUGCUGAGGCAGGAGAGCUCUGACAGGGUGCCAGCAUUCCCUGAGCUGGGCCUGUCAGCCUCCAAGGAACCUGCUUAAAAAUUCCCAAAGAAACACAGGAAAUGGGCAAAAAGCAAUUCUUUGAGGGAUGAAUCAUGCUGUAUUUGACCUCGGGGGAUGGUGUGGUUGCUGUGUGCUGUCCCUCAGCAGAGGAAGCUGCUCUCACAUCRGGGYUGU